AUUUUGCUGUCGCCGGCAAAGUGGUUGGCGCGGUUGGCUGCGCGAAGUACACGUGUAAUAAGCGUACUAAGCACAUUCUUUUUUUUUACCCCGUUGGCUACGCACGCUUCAAGUUAGCCUCCAAAUGCAGUGCCUCAAUACUCUAUCCUUGCAAAUUCUUGUUAUCGGUACCUUUUGCUGUAUAGCAUUAUGUGAGCCGAGUGUGCAGGAGCUGAAGUGUCAAGUGUGCAAAGCACUAGUGAAAGAGUCCGUUGAAGCUAUUGCAAAAGUUGACCCCAAAAAGAAGAUACCUGUCGGAAGCUUUAGACUGCAAGCCGAUGGAACUCAGAAGCAGAAAACGAUUCCCUAUGCUGGCUCCGAGGCGCACAUGCACGACGUCCUCGAUGAGGUGUGCAACCAGAUGGACAAUUACGCGCAGGCAACGCACAAGGAGAAUGGAGAGCUAAUCCUUGUUAACCUUAGCAAGGAGGUUGACAAGCUAAGCACUUACCAAGUUGUUGCUGAUCCCACUGCUAACGGAAAAAUUAAGCAACUGUGUGAAGAUAUGAUUGGGGAGUAUGAAGAUGAUUACAUGCGAGUUUUCUCAAAGCACAAGAUAAGGGUGGAGCCCCAAGCCUUCAGGUUGCUUUGUGAAAACAACAAAGAAAUCUGUGGAGAAAAGGCCAAGGAAGAAUUGUAGCCGCCAUUCUCCACUUCAAUGUCACUUCUGCGUACGCAGCCUUACCCGAUGAUUGAAUUUUUUUUCUUGUGAAAAGGCCUACCCAAGUCUGUCAAGGGUGCUGACAUCGCAUUCCUAUUUAUUUGGCACUGUGUGCCAGCGUUCAUUUCGUUGUGUGAUAUCGUGUUACGUUAUGACGGUUAUGACAUAACCCCGUACGAUCCUGACGGUUAAACCGUACAGUGUAGCUGAAGGCACAUUUCACAUUUAUUUUGUGGGGGUGGGGUGCACUCAACGUUUUGAAAUUCGUGUAUACUCCAGCCGAUGUGCGAAACUUUUGGAAGCAUGUAAUUGCUCAAAAUAUGUUACUGCUCUAUGCAAUAAAGAAUGCAUGUGAGAAAAAAAAGGCAUUCACAUGCAACUGCAUCUUUAUGUGAUGGAACUGCAUCUAAUGGAA